CAUCCCAGGGCGAGCCAAGCCUCCUUCCCUGCAGCAGGCCGGUCCUCCCACCCCCUCUCUCGCCUCCCCCUCAUCAGCCCCCCCGUCCCCCCCCAGCCCUGCCACUCCAAGCCGGCUUCACUCCCGGCAGCUGUCCCGCCUCCUAGGACUCCCUGGUGGCUCUUGAUCCAGCCCCUCACCUCCUCACCCACGCCAGGGGAUCCGCGGGUCCGCCGUCCCUCACCCCCACCCCCACCCCCGCCCCCAAGAGACACCGGUUCCCGUGCGCCCGGGACUUGGUGAAACUUUGUGGCACCAGCGGUGAAAUGGAUUUAAUCCCAGGCGUUUUGCUUCGGCUCUUGCUUCUGGCUUUCAGCCUCCAGCCCUUCGCUGUGUCGCUCAGAACCUCUCUUCGAAAACCAGGCAAGGUGGGGCCUCCUCUUGACAUCCAGCUACGCACAUUGAACUGCACAGCUUUUAGCAUCCAGUGGAAAAUGCCAAGGCAUCCUGUGAGCCCCAUCCUUGGGUACACGGUCUUUUACUCUGAGGUUGAUGCAGAUAAAUCCCUCCGGGAGCAGUCCCAUAGUGCACCUCUCAGCCAGGACACUUCAUUCACUGAAGAAGUGAUUGGAGAUUUGAAGCCAGGCACUGAAUAUCGAGUGAGCAUAGCAGCUUACAGCCAGACUGGCAAAGGGCGGCUUAGCUCUCCUCGGCAUGUUUCCACUUUGUCCCAAGAUUCCUGCCUGCCCCCGGCAGCACCCCAGCAGCCUCAUGUCCUUGUGGUCUCUGAUUCUGAGGUGGCUCUGUCUUGGAAACCCGGAGAGAGUGAAGGCAGCUCCUCUAUUCAGUAUUAUUCUGUGGAAUUCAUAAGACCAGAUUUGGAUAAGAGUUGGACCAUAAUCCAGGAGCAGAUCCAAAUGGACUCCAUGGUUAUCAAAGGCCUUGCUGCAGAUACCAACUACCAGUUUGCUGUGAGGGCUGUGAACGUGUAUGGCUCCAGCCCUCGAAGCUGGCCCAGCAACACCAUCAAAACCCUUGGUCCCAAAGAGUCAGGAAGUGGUCACUAUGGACCUCAUUAUGCCACUGACACAGGAGCCGGUGAAGAUGAUGAUGGAUUUGAAGAUGACCUAGAUUUGGAUAUUUCCUUUGAGGAGGUCAAACCACUUCCUGCUACCAAAGGAGGGAAUAAAAAAUUCUUCGUGGAAACCACGAUGACAUCACUAUCUAACCCAAAGACCUUUUCCCAGCUUGUCCCACCUACCUCGGCCUCUCUCCCCGCCACCACAGUGGCAGUGGCUGUCCAGCCGACUCCUGCAGAGCGCAAGGGGAAGAGCAGCGUCCAGCCGACUCCUGCAGAGCGCAAGGGGAAGAACAGCGUAGCUGUGAUGUCCAGGCUGUUUGACAUGUCUUGUGAUGAAACGCUGUGCUCCACGGACAGCUUCUGUGCCAAUGAUUACACCUGGGGGGGCUCUCGAUGCCAUUGCAACCUGGGCAAAGGGGGUGAGGGCUGCUCUGAAGACAUUGUUAUACAGUAUCCUCAAUUCUUUGGUCACUCCUAUGUAACCUUUGAGCCAUUGAAGAACUCCUAUCAGGCAUUUCAAAUUACUCUGGAAUUCAGGGCGGAGGCAGAGGAUGGCUUGCUGCUCUACUGUGGAGAGAACGAGCACGGGCGGGGGGAUUUCAUGUCCCUGGCAAUCAUCCGACGCACUCUCCAGUUCAGGUUUAAUUGUGGAACUGGAGUUGCCAUCAUCCCAAGUGAUAGCAAAAUCAAACUGGGAGCGUGGCACACCGUCACACUCUACAGAGAUGGGCUGAGUGGACUGCUGCAGCUGAACAACGGCACCCCUACCUCAGGCCAGUCCCAGGGCCAGUACAGUAAAAUUACCUUCCGGACACCUCUCUACCUUGGUGGAGCUCCCAGCGCUUACUGGCUGGUGAGAGCAACAGGGACAAACCGUGGCUUUCAAGGCUGUGUGCAGUCACUUGCUGUGAAUGGGAAGAGGAUUGACAUGAGGCCCUGGCCACUGGGCAAAGCGCUCAGUGGAGCUGAUGUGGGGGAAUGCAGCAGCGGAGUCUGCGAUGAGGCCUCUUGCAUCAACGGUGGCACCUGUGCAGCCAUCAAAGCGGACUCCUACAUUUGUCUCUGUCCUCUGGGGUUCAAAGGUCGACACUGUGAAGCCGCCUUCACCUUGACCAUUCCUCACUUCCGAGAGUCUCUGCGAUCCUAUGCUGCCACACCCUGGCCCCUGGAGCCCCAGCAUUACCUUUCCUUCACGGAGUUUGAGAUCACAUUUCGGCCAGACUCGGGAGAUGGUGUCCUGCUGUACAGCUAUGACACAGGCAGUAAGGACUUCCUGUCCAUCAACAUGGUGGGGGGCCACGUGGAGUUCCGCUUUGACUGUGGCUCUGGGACUGGUGUUCUCAGGAGUGAAAAUCCCCUCACCCUAGACCAAUGGCAUGAACUGCGGGUGUCUCGAACAGCAAAGAAUGGUAUCUUACAAGUGGAUAAGCAGAAGGCAGUAGAAGGAAUGGCAGAGGGUGGCUUUACCCAGAUUAAGUGCAACACAGACAUUUUUAUUGGCGGUGUUCCCAACUAUGAUGAUGUGAAGAAGAACUCAGGCAUCUUGAAGCCAUUUAGUGGAAGCAUCCAGAAGAUCAUCCUGAAUGACAGGACCAUCCACGUGAAGCAUGACUUCACCUCUGGUGUGAACGUGGAGAACGCCGCUCACCCCUGUGUGGAAGCCCCCUGUGCCCAUGGAGGAAGCUGCCGGCCCAGAAAGGAGGGCUAUGAAUGUGACUGCCCAUUGGGCUUCGAGGGCCUACACUGCCAGAAAGCCAUCACUGAAGCCAUCGAGAUCCCGCAGUUCAUUGGUCGCAGUUACCUGACCUAUGACAAUGCAGAAAUCCUCAAGAGGGUGUCUGGAUCUAGAUCCAAUGUGUUCAUGAGGUUUAAGACGACUGCUAAGGAUGGCCUGUUGAUGUGGAGAGGAGACAGUCCCAUGAGACCCAACAGUGACUUCAUUUCUUUGGGCCUUCGAGAAGGAGCCCUGGUGUUCAGCUACAACCUGGGCAGUGGUGUGGCGUCCAUCAUGGUGAAUGGCUCCUUCAAUGAUGGCCGGUGGCACCGAGUCAAAGCGGUCAGAGAUGGCCAAUCAGGGAAGAUCACAGUGGAUGACUACGGAGCCAGAACAGGGAAGUCACCGGGCAUGAUGAGACAACUCAACAUCAAUGGGCCUCUGUAUGUGGGUGGAAUGAAGGAAAUUGCUCUGCACACCAACAGGCAGUACAUGCGAGGCCUUGUGGGCUGCAUCUCUCAUUUCACCCUGUCCACCGAUUACCACAUUUCCCUCGUGGAAGAUGCUGUGGAUGGAAAAAACAUCAACACUUGUGGAGCCAAGUAACACCAGUUGUCCUUGCACGAGGAACAGAGGCUCUGCUUUGAGCAUCCUGGGGACCCUGAGACACAGCCUGAUGCCUCUCACACAGAGGCCUGGAGACCAGAUGUGUUUCCUCUCAUUAAGAAGAAAGUACACCCUGAUGGAAACUGAGAACCAAGAUGGAGGCUCUCGUGGCCUUUCCUGCUGACACUCUAUGGGUCACACUCCAUGUAGGAAGUGUCAGGCUUUAGCUAUUGAAUGUGUAGCAUCUGCCAGAGAAUCACACAUUAAUGUGAAUUCCACAGUCUGUCUGUUGUAGUUCAAUGACUGUGUUGUGACUCAGAAAGACAAAGAGAAAGAGAGAACCUUACAAAGCAGUAUUAAGCUACUUCUCUCCUUCCCUGACUUAUGACUCCAUUACUGACAACAGAAUAACUGUGUGACCUUGAAUUUCAGAGUUCCCACCUUGGCCCAUGGAUUGUUCAAAUUAACUCUUUCCAUUCCUUACUGUCUGGCUUAAUGUAGUCUUGACAUUUCAUGAAAAUAAAGGUUGGGGGAGAUGAAACCUAUAAUCAUAUUGUGGCCCCCUUCCCCAUAACUUACCUUU